UGAGAAAGAGAGAGAAAGAAAGAAAGAGGUACAUUGACCGUGAACCUCAUUACUCAUCAAAACCUUUCUCUCUCCGCUUGCUUUGUAUAGAGAGAAGUGGGUCAGAGAACAGACGUCGUGUUCAGGCAAUCCAUGUGCUUACAUAGAAGUUAGAGACGCAGAAACAAGAAGAAGAAGAAGAAGAAGAAGAAAUACAGAAAGAAACAGGGGAAAGAAACCAGUGAUACCAACAGUGAACAGUGGUAUUAGUUUUUGAGUUGAAAUUAGUAGAGAAAGAGACAUUGAAGAAGAAGUUAGAAAAAUGAAGGAAUCAGGGGGAGGAGAUGGAUUUGUAAGAGCAGAUCAAAUUGAUCUAAAGAGUUUAGAUGAACAAUUGGAGAGACAUUUAAACAGAGUAAGAACUAUGGAAAAUAGAAGAGAUGAUCAAGGAGUAGGAUCAAUAGGAGGAUUAGGAUUAGGAGGAGGAGGGCAGAGAAGAAAUAGCAGUUUCAAUGAAAGGGUGACUGCUAAAGAAGAAUGGGAAAUUGAUCCUUCAAAACUACUUAUUAAAACUGUUAUUGCUAGAGGUACUUUUGGUACUGUCCAUAGAGGUGUUUAUGAUGGCCAAGAUGUUGCAGUUAAACUGCUUGAUUGGGGAGAAGAAGGCCAUAGAACAGAAGCUGAAAUUACAUCACUUAGGGCAGCAUUUUCACAAGAAGUAGCUGUCUGGCAUAAACUCGAUCACCCUAAUGUGACUAAGUUUAUAGGGGCUAUGAUGGGCCACGGAGAACUGAACAUACAGACAGAUAGUGGUCAAAUUGGCAUGCCAAGUAAUAUCUGUUGUGUGGUUGUUGAAUAUCUUGCCGGGGGUGCGCUUAAGACUUACCUUAUAAAGAAUCGAAGAAGAAAAUUGGCUUUCAAAGUUGUCGUCCAACUGGCACUGGAUCUUGCAAGAGGGUUGAGUUAUCUCCACUCCCAGAAGGUUGUUCACAGAGAUGUGAAAACAGAAAACAUGCUUUUGGACAAGACCCGCACAGUAAAAAUUGCUGACUUUGGGGUUGCUCGUGUUGAAGCUCAAAACCCGAAUGAUAUGACUGGCGAGACCGGGACCUUAGGCUACAUGGCUCCUGAGGUCCUUAAUGGAAACCCUUAUAACAGGAAAUGCGAUGUCUAUAGUUUCGGUAUCUGCUUGUGGGAGAUAUAUUGUUGUGACAUGCCAUAUCCUGAUCUCAGUUUCUCGGAAGUGACAUCAGCUGUUGUCCGCCAGAAUUUGAGGCCGGAGAUACCACGAUGUUGUCCAAGUUCGAUUGCAAAUGUAAUGAAGAGAUGUUGGGAUGCAAAUCCUGAUAAACGACCAGAGAUGGAUGAGGUGGUUUCCUUGUUGGAGGCCAUUGACACGUCAAAAGGUGGAGGUAUGAUCCCUCCUGAUCAGCAGCAGAAUUGCUUCUGUUUCCGUAAGAGUCGAGGGCCUUGAAGAAGUGGUCAUUUCUUCAUUAAAAUGGGUGGUACUCAGAAUAUAUAUUUAUAUAUACAGCUAAUACGGAGAUAGCUAGGUUAGAGAUCUGUACUUGAUGAACGUGGAGCUUUGCCUUUGACAGAUGAUGAGGUAGUAUUGUGGGACUAGGGGAAAAUUAGGUGGAGAACUGAGCAAGUUGUUUAUCCCUUCAUUUAAAACCAUUGUAACGUGUCUUCCUUUUCUUCCUUUGGAAUGUGUUACAAAUGUGAGUUGCCGAUUAGCUUGGUACUUACAAGUGACAUGUAUGAAGAUGAAGAAGUAAUCUGACUCGCAUAUUUUGUUGACACUUUUCUCUGCCAUGUUUGCAGUCGCUUGACUUUCUUGUUUUGGGCUUUUAAUUCAAUUUAUCUAUUCUAAUGUGUGAAGGCAA